CAAACACGGACUGCAGCAGGAGGAGGGGCUGUGUGCACUGUGCAGUCCUGGAGGACAGAGAGCUAGUUCAUGCGGAGCAGGUUAGUGAUGUCUCAGAGAAAAGAUCCAUGUCAGAAAGAGGCAUGUGCAAUCCAGAAAUGCCUGCAGUUAAACCAUUAUAGAGAGAGCAAUUGUGCACAAGAGAUUCAAGCAAUGCGUAUCUGUUGUUCUAAGCUGACAACACCUCAAUCAAUCUGCUGCUCGGGUUUCCAUGACCAGCCGGUUGCUAAAGGAAAUCUGCAAGGCUUGUCGAGUGUGGAAAGCAACAAAACGGCAUUCACGAAAAGUUAGUGCUCUCUUCAGGCUGAAAGUUGCUGAUGGUGACACAGCCAUCCUAAAAGGGAAAAAAAGGAAGAACUGAAAACUGUCAUUUUCAAAUGGAAGUAAUUUUUGUCAUUUAAGCAAAUUGUUAUUGAUAAGUGAAUGAAGAACUUAUUUUAUGUGUUCUAACCAUCACAUUCACAGCUCCCUAAAUUAGAUUUUUAUGUCCGUUGUAUCUAUAGGGCUUUAUGAAUUACCUAACAGGUGGAAAAAGUGUUCUGUCAAGCUGUAAGUGCAACUGGUAAAAAGUUUUUACCUUACUUUACAGUACUAUACUAAGAGGUGUGGGUUUCAGCAUGGAGCUUGGCGCUUUUUCCAUCUUAAAGGUUCUUCCUAUAUGUUUUUUUUUUUUUCCUUCCCCCUUUUAUACUUUAUUAUACAUUUUUAAGAACACAUUACAAAGAAAAAUAAAAAGAGCACAAAUAACCACAUAAAACUGUGGGGGUGAGGUUGUACCGAAGAAGAAAAAAAAAAGGGGUGGUGGCCUACCAUAUAGACCAUACUUUUGACCAGACAUCUAAUUUAUUUCUUGUUGAAUAAAUAAUUCUCUCAUAAACCUUCACUUUAUUCACUAAAUUAAUCCAGUUAUUUAUACGGGGGGUUCUCUAGCCAUCCACACCCGUGCAAUAAUCACACGGGCCAAGAGGAGCACUCUGGUAAUGCACUCAGGAAUUUGGUUAAGGCACACGGAACCUCCCAAAUUAUUAAGAACUGCAACCUGUG